AUGACAAACUCCAAUAGCACACUAAUCCAGGAUCCAGACGAAUAUGAGGUCGAAAAAAUCCAUUGUAUGCAAAUCGAAAAAGGGGGCGGGACUUUGACGAAAAGAGGCUCCGCCUCCCGGAUAACGUUCCUCGUCAAAUGGGCGGAGCAUAAACAGAAGACGUGGGAACCGAUUGAAAGUUUUGAAGACGGUCAUGGGACACCUGGAGAACAACAUCCAUUGAUUCGAGAAUUUUUGAGACAAGGAACAAAUUUGGCAAAGUAUAGGAAGAUGAAAAUUGCCAUAGCUUCUGAAUCAAAACAUGUCUCUUCAGUCAAAAGAUUUAUCAAAAGAGAAGAGUCAAUUCAUUCGAUUUCAAAUCUUCUGGAUGUUCGUUUGGAUGAGAAUGGAGACAUGGAAUUUCUAGUCGAAUCGAAUGGAAAUUUUGAGAGUUCCUGGCAACCGAUGAGCCAUUUUCCAGGUGGAGAAAAGUCGAAUAAGGCGAUUUUGGAUUUUUUGAAUUUGGAAAGGAAUCGGAGAAAAUAUGAGGAUCUGAAAUUGGAAGUUGUCAGAAUCAAGGCGAGGAAAUUGAGAAAAUCUGGAGUUUCCAAAAUUUCAAAAAUUCCAAAUUCACUAAAAAAGGAAUCAGAGAAACCAAAGGAUCCAGAAGAUUCGAAAAUUAAUGAAGUUUUUGACGAAUCAAAAUUGGAGAAUUCAGAAGAACAAGAGGUCCAGGAAAUUGUGAAAUUUCUAGUGGAAAAAAUCAAAAUCGAGCCAAAAAGAAGGGAAUCAGAAGACUCUCCGAUUGAAUAUUUGAGAUCUGGAGAUCAAGAUUCUGACAUUUCAGUUUUCAAGGAUUCAGAAAAUUCGGUGAUACUGAAUUCAGAAGUUCAAAGUCCCAGUAAUCUGGAAAAUCGAGAUCCAAUGCUUCAGAAUUCAGGAUCUCCGGAAUUCUCAGUUUCGCGGGGUCCAGAAGACGCAAAAGGCCCAAAACCAAUCAUUCCUGAAACCCAAACUCUCCAGAAUCCGAUUCCUCCAAUUCCAGAAGUUCAGAAUCUUCCGGAACGACUUCAGAAUUUGUUGAAAACUUGGAAUGGAUUUCCAGAGAAACAAAAGGAAAAAUAUGUAAAUUCGGUAUUCAAAAAAGUUGGAAAUCAAAUGAAAAAGGAGGAUUUUGAGAAGCCAAUCGGUGCUUUUGACAUUUGGAAAAUGGAAAAUGAGGCGAGAUUUUCUGAGAAAUUUCCAAAGAAAAAUGACAAGGAAAUUGGAAAUCUUUUGGAAUUUGAAUGGAUUUUCAAAAUGGAGAAUUCGAUUAAAAUUGCCUAUACUUUGGAUUCAUGGGACCGAGUGAUGAAAAUUGAGCAAAAAGGAGAAAAACGACUUGGAAAGAAGGUCUUUGAAGUUCCAACCAAGAUUCCAAAAAUGUUCUGA